GAAUCUCCAGGUGUUGGUUAUAUGCCUAGCAGGUCUGGAACAGCUGGAUACGUCUAUUCCAAUGGUUACUACAUCAACCACGGCGUUUUUGUUGUUCGUGAGCCUGUGCUCCGCAUUGGAUGA